AUGAACAUCUUCAGUGACAAUCCAGAAUUCGACGAAAAUUUCUAUUCAAUCGUAAAGAGGUUAAACAAGAAAAGCGUAGCAACACGGAGAAAAGCGUUUGAGUCCUUGUUUGAAUCGUUCUCGUCGCUUCCUGUUCAAUCAAACAUGUCUGUUUUGAAGGAUGUUAUCGUGCAAAACAUACGAGGAGAGCUGAGAAGGGAGAGCACACGGCUGCUAGCUUUAGUUUUGGACUACAAUGAUUGUCAUGAUGUGUUAUGUUACUGGUUUGUUAAUUUUCUUGAGGACAGGAAUGACAAGUAUAAUUCGGUGAUACUGGACAAGGUGGACCUAAAACAAUGCGGUAACAUUAUGAGAGAGGUCGAUAAAAAUGACAGCGUUAUGGUACUUAAAGCGCAUUACACUCUUUUACGGUACAAUUGUACGGAGUUGAUCAAGAAAUUCGUAUAUAAAAGCGAUGAAACAGGGCAACUUGUGGACCACAACAUUUCCGAUGAAUUCAGAGAUAUGAUACAGACAUUGGAUUGUAACAAUGCUGAGAUUUACAAGAUGGUUGUGUUCAUUCUCAUCAAAAUGCAUCUUCCAAUUCCUGAAGUUGUUAUUUCUGUCACAAAUCCGUCUUUAAUUGAUAUAAAAUACAAAAUAAUCCAAAAUCGUAGAUUACCCGUUGAGCUGGUCCAGUUUUAUGGAGAAUGUCGGUAUCUAAAUCUUGAAGGUGUAAGGUAUGUGGACGAAAACUAUAAGUUGGAGUACAGCAGAAUGAAAGUUAUUCGCAGAGAUGUGUUUGAAUACAUCAUGUGCAAGCUGAAGAAUGGCGAAAAGCGUGAUGUUGUCCUGUACUACAUCAACGAAUCUGUUGAAUACUGCAAUGUGUUUGAGCAUUUUAAUGAUUUUGAUGUUUUGAACGAACAAUGCAGCUUUGAUAAGGUCAACGAGUUCUUGGUUUAUCUGAUGAAAGACAUUGUGUCCAAAUAUAAUUCCGAAGAAAAUUUAAGUUUGAUGCUUGGAAACCUAAUUCUAAGGGAUGAAGAUAAAGCUCCGAACUUCUCCUACCAUAAAAAAGACGCAUAUAGCAAAACAUGUGUUAGUGCAAAAAGUAGUCACGAUCAAACCAUCUUCACUUACAAUAAUUCCAAAGAAUGCUUUGAUUUUGCAAAUAAUGAUGAUGUAUCAAGGUGCAAUAUUGUAUUAUACGCUGAUCCGCUGAUAUACACGCUUUGUAAGUUGAAUUUGCAGCAAAUCCUGGUCAGAAGUAAUUUGUUGAAAAUAAAGGUACAAACGAUAAGCUCCUGCGAUUCAACAACUUUAGAAACCAUUAAUAGCUGUUUAGAUGCAGCGAUAGAGGUGAUAGACAAAAAGUUUUUUGUGGAACACCAGGAAUAUUUCCGGGACAAGGUGUUGUAUCGACGAUAUCCCGAUUUGAUAACAAAUUUGAAGGAUGUCGAUGAGGAGCUGGUGCAUAUGCUCACAGAAGAACAACAAAGGGAGUAUGGCAGGCUAAUAAUUGGCGGUGAGAAGCAGGUUUUGGGAGAAAAUAUUCCGAAAAUCCUGGUGCUUCCGUGUUUAUACAGGAAGUAUUUGGACAAUAAUGAUAUUUCUUGUGCUAGCUAUGGUAUUGAUACGAAAGAUCUGCUCCUGAACUAUCUUGAUCAUAAGUUUGUAAUACGCUUCUGUAUCAAUGAGAAGGAUAUUUUUUGGAUGCUCUCAACCUUCAAAUUUAAUAAUUCAGUUUUUUAUACCUCGAAUGAUUCGUUGUCAAACUCGUUUUUUUAUCGAACCUGUCAUGUAAAACCGUUUUCAUGUCAAACAUAUAAAAAAUUACGGGCACUGAGGAAGACGUGCAAGCAUUUUCAAUUCAUUGAGUCGCUAAAAAUUAUCAACAUUAUGUUAAAUGUGAAGAAUGCAAAUAAAGUUGAGAUAAAAGAAGAAAAUAUAAAAGAACUAGGUGUUAACAAAGUAUUCUGUACGAGUGAUGAUGUUAACGAAUGUCUGAGCAUAUGCAAAUUUAUCCACAGCAGGAACAAUGAUGAUAAAAUUUAUACAUACAGGGAGUUGGAAAACGGAGUUUUACCGACAGGUGACUGUGGUUGCGAAGAAUAUUUUCAUGAUGAUUUGGAUGCUGCGGUAGAUUUCUACGAAGAAUGUGAGAGUAUGGUUACGCAUGAUUAUGUCAGCACACUUCCCCUAAGUUAUAGGAAGAUGUGCUAUAUCAGGGUGGUCAACCGUAUAAUCAAGUCGGGCUACUUUAAAUUUACUGUCCUGCACAGCAAGAAGAAGGAAAUUUACCUCGUAAACAAUUUUGUUAUCAAACCGCAUUAUAUUGAGAAUGAAAACCUCAGUAAAUUAAGGAUAAACCUGAAUUUUAUCAAAAGAGACAAAUUAUUACGAGUGAGAUAUUUCAAGCGAAAUAAACAUUAUGAAUUGGAAAAGGUUAUUGAAAGAUUGAGCAACGAUAUUUUCAAUACGUAUACCAAAAUGAAGAACAAGCUGAGCUAUAGUACAAUGAUGAAAGUUAUCAAUCAUUUUGAAGAUAAUGUGUGGUACUACGUGUUCAUCAGGAGUGUGAGCAAAAUACGGAACAUAUCGACUGUCCUUUUCCUAGAAAAAAUGAUAAGCUGUCGAGGUAAAGGCAUCAGCGGAAAUAUAAACAUCGAGGAGGUCAACAGCUUAUCCGUUUUGAAUGAUAGUGAAAAUAGGUCAAGGGGUCGCAAACAGGUGGAAUUGAGUAAGUUUCUUGUACAGCAGCGGUCAUCCCUGUUUAAGUGCGUAAGAGAAGAAUUUGCCUAUAACUUUCCCUCCCUGCUGCCAUUCCUCACGAACGACACAAUAAAAAUCGACUCGUGCAUAAAAAGAGAAGUGAUGAACAAACUGUACAACGUCAAGCUCAAGCUGUUGAAAGUAACGAACGGAUAUGAAUUGAUUGCAACCUACUUCAUAAAUAACGAGGACCUGCAGUGCAAAAUACUAAUACACAACAAUAAACGACCAACAAUAACUACAUUAAGGAAGGACAAGUUCAUUUUAAAGUUGAACAAAUUGUUGGAAAUAAGUAACCGAUACGUAGAGGUUUUGGGGCUAUGGAAAAUCAACCUUGAUAAUAAAAUGAUGGGUCGAAAGGAGUGUUUGAUCUGUUACUACAUCGUGGAUAUGAAGGAUCGAUUACCUGAUUAUGAGUGUAAAACCUGUAAAAAUAUUUUCCACGUAAAUUGCGUUGACAAAUACCAGACGCACAGCAAGAAUUUUCUGUGCCCGUUUUGUAGAAAUAUGAUGAAAUAACUGAAGGUAAGUACGCAGACGGUUGCAGUGAAAUUGGUGCAGGUAUGUCUGAGGUGGUUGAAGUAAAUUUUAAUGGCUCUUAACGAAAUAUAAAUCUGCUUUCGAACCAGAAUGGUGGUGAAAAAGAUUUUGGUUUGCCAUAAAUUGGCAGCAAUAUUGAUCGUUGGUACUGUGGUGUAAGCAAAUUGAAAAGUUUGGAAACAGCUGGUCUGAUAUUGCGGAACAGAAUGACAUGAUGACGAGUUUUUAUUCUUCUAUGGCGAAGAGAUGCAGGAAUGGUGCCAUUCACGUGAAAAUGUUGUCGUUUGGAAGGUUUUAUUGCUAAAGCAUAAUGUUGGAGCGUAGCUGCCGGAUUUAUCACCAGACAUAUCAAUUUAGUUGCAAAUUUCUGAUAUAAAAAGUAUUUUUG